UAGCGCGGCUUAUUGAGCCUGCGCUAAAGAAAAGAGGAGGUUCUUGAAGAUAGUCCUUUAUUUAUUUCUUUGUUUUCAGACGAAAAAAUAAUAACAGUGAUAUCUAUUACAAGGACUUCAUUUGUUGUCUUUGUCAAUUCACGCAAGAAAACUGGAUAAGAUUACAGUAGUAAUUCUGAAGCCAAAGCGAAGGGGAGGAGGAUGAAGCGGCGCAAUGCGGACUGCAGCAAACUCCGACGGCCGUUAAAACGGAAUCGAAUCACCGAGGGUAUAUACGGCAGUACCUUCCUCUACCUGAAGUUCUUGGUGGUGUGGGCUUUGGUGCUGCUGGCGGACUUUGUGCUCGAGUUCAGGUUUGAGUACCUGUGGCCCUUCUGGCUGUUCAUCCGGAGCGUCUACGACUCCUUCAGAUACCAGGGGCUGGCAUUCUCCGUGUUCUUUGUGUGUGUGGCGUUUACUUCCGACAUCAUAUGCCUGCUCUUCAUCCCCGUCCAAUGGCUGUUCUUCGCCGCCAGUACCUACGUGUGGGUUCAGUACGUCUGGCAUACAGAGCGAGGCGUCUGCCUCCCCACAGUGUCUCUAUGGAUACUGUUUGUCUACAUAGAGGCAGCUAUCAGAUUCAAAGACCUGAAGAAUUUCCACGUAGACCUGUGUCGCCCCUUCGCCGCACACUGCAUCGGCUACCCCGUGGUAACGCUGGGCUUCGGCUUCAAAAGUUACGUCAGCUAUAAGAUGCGCCUUCGGAAGCAGAAGGAAGUGCAGAAGGAGAACGAGUUCUACAUGCAGCUCCUGCAACAGGCUCUGCCACCAGAGCAACAGAUGCUUCAGAGACAAGAGAGGGAGGCAGAGGAAGCUGCAGCUGCUAAAGGCAUAUCAGAGGUGGACCCGGCCCCGGUCUCACAGAACGGCGCCCCCGCCAGUAAAAAGACGACGCCGGCGCCGCUGCCGGAGUUGGAAUACAAAGAAAAAGGUAAAGAGGGCCGGGAGGCGAAAAAACAACACAACAACAACAGCAGCAGCAGCAGCAACAGCAACAUCCUGCCGUCCUCGGUAGACUCUAAACUCCAGGAGAUGGAGUACAUGGAGAACCAUAUGAACAACAAGAGACUGCCCACAGAGCUGGUGGGCAGCACGGAGAACCUGCUGCUCAAGGAGGAGAACUCCUCCUGCUCCUGCUCCUCUUCAUCCUCCUCCUCGUCCUCCUCCAAAAAUUACAAGAAUGUGAGCGGCAGUGCGGCGGCGGCCGUUGGCGCCGGGAACUCCUCGCCGCGCGGCCACAGCGCCACCAACGGCGGCGUGGCCUCCUUCUCGGGCCCUCCCCCCCCCUCUUCCUCGGGGGGGAAGAACGAGAAGAAGCAGAAGGUGGCGUCAGGGAAGGGCCAGGUGCCAGGGGCCCACAAGGACCCCACAGACAACUGCAUCCCCAACAACCAGCUGAGCAAGCCGGAAGCACUCGUACGGCUGGAGCAGGACGUGAAGAAGCUGAAGGCAGACCUCCAGGCCAGCCGACAAGUGGAGCAGGACCUUCGCAGUCAGAUCGGCUCCCUGGGCAGCGCCGAGCGCUCCGUCCGCUCUGAGUUGGGCCAGCUACGCCAGGAGAACGAGCUGCUGCAGAACAAGCUCCACAGUGCCGUGCAGGCCAAGCAGAAGGACCGGCAGUCGGUGGGCCAGCUGGAGAAGAGGCUGAAGGCCGAGCAGGAGGCGCGCGCCGCCGCCGAGAAGCAGCUCGCCGACGACAAGAAGCGCAAGAAGCUGGAGGAGGCCACGGCAGCCCGGGCGGUGGCGCUCGCUGCCGCGUCCAGAGGAGAGUGCACAGACACACUGAGGAGACGCGUCUCUGAGCUGGAGGCGGAGUGCAAGAAGCUGACCAUGGACAUCAAGCUCAAAGAGGACCAGAUCCGAGACCUGGAGAUGAAAGUGCAGGAGCUUCACAAGUAUAAGGAGAACGAGAAGGGCACCGAGGUGCUCAUGGCGGCCCUGUCGGCCAUGCAGGAUAAGACCCAGCACCUGGAGAACAGCCUCAGCGCCGAGACCAGGAUCAAGCUGGACCUGUUCUCAGCACUGGGCGAUGCCAAGCGCCAGUUGGAGAUCGCACAAGGUCAGAUCUUGCAGAAAGACCAGGAGAUCAAAGAUCUGAAGCAGAAGAUAGCCGAGGUGAUGGCAGUCAUGCCCAGCAUCUCCUACACUGGGGACACGAGCAGCAUGACCCCUGUGGCCCCUCAUUACUCCUCCAAGUUCAUGGACACCAGCCCCUCCGGCCUGGACCCCAACGCCUCGGUCUACCAGCCCCUCAAAAAGUGAACGCUCCUCCUCCUCCUCCUUUCUCCUCCAUCCAUUGAUCCGCUCCACCCAAUUCUUUAUUAUUAUGAUUUUUUUCUUCCCUUUUUCCUCUCCAAGUCCACCUCGUCCAGACCUGCUCAGCAUGUCUGUCAACUUUUUUUUUUUCUCUCCCUGCCAGGUCAGAAGGAUGUUGUAUCGUGUGACUGUAUUUGUUGUAGUGAAAACAAAAGACAAAAAAAAAGGGACAUACAUGUCAACUAGGAAAUCGCAGUUUCUUUUUUCUCUCGUAAGUGUCUAGUGAAACCUCACAGAAUACAGAAUUGGGCAUGCAUCUUAUCCCUAAGGCAACAACAUGUUGUUGUCCCCCCCUCCCUUACCACUACCUGGUCUUGGGGAAUGGCUCAUUUUUUGGGGUUAGUUUCCCAUUGGCUUUUUCUUCACGUUGGAAUUGAGAUUCAUCGGUUGGCAGGAACUGUCAUCUCUCCGUCGAAAGCUGGAUGGCUAGCGCAUCUCUCAUUUUUUUUCCCUCUUUUAGCUCCGAGGUGGUCUCCGAGUUUCUCUAUGCCACUCAGAAGAAUGUAGUGCAAAGUUGGCACAGACUCUUAAGCCCUGCUGUGUUCAUGCUACUUUUCAAAAAGCCCAGUUGCGUGUGUCUCUGACACACGCAACUGGGCUUCUUCUUUUUGAUAAUCGGUUAAUAAUGAGUGGAUUGUGUGGUCUCCGUUUUUCAGCCUUGGGAUCAUUGCUGCCUCAGCAAGCUGGAAAACAACAUGAGAUAAAAACGUAUUAAAUACAAAUCUUAGCAGCCCCUCAACUCAAAAGCCCCGUUGGUUGUAUUUAUCUGGAUCCUGUCCAAUAGGAUUUAAAGAUGGCAUCAUGGAGAAGUUAAUGUAUGACAUGCCUUCCUGUGUAGUCUCACACCUAUUGUCAUGAUCACAGUGCCUUGAGACAGGACCUCAUUGGUGGAUUAUUAAGAAGAUGCCCCCAACCCAUUGCCCUGCCCCUGUUUAAUUUGAUGCCAUUAUUUGGCCAUGCUAGAGAAGACUUGAGUUGAUACCAUUCAGCCACCAUAUAAAUCCAUCUCAAUCUGAAAUUGAAAGUGGACUAGUAUUAGUUAAGUAUCACUUCUGGCUGACUCUUCAGCACAUCAGAUGUUGAGCUACUGUACUUUCUAGCAUAGCAAUCGAGUGACCAUCAGCCUACUUUUUGCUGUAUGUCAACCUGACAUCAGUCACCACCCAGUCUACUGCACACAGGCCUCAGCAUGGCCACUGCCCUGCAGCUUAAAGCAACACUGCUCUCUCUGCUGUUAACCUCACUCCUCUCUCCUGUUGGUUUAGCUACUGGCCCCUCUUCUGUCCAAAACUGUUGAGUAACUGUUCAGUAAAAAAAACACAAGUUGUUUGAAAGGGAAAAGAUGGAUUUUUGUGUGCAAUGUAUACAUGUAUACAAGGAAAUGAGGCUCUAGAAAUGCAGAGGAAAAGCAAAUUCCAUUGAAAUUGCUUACCCCAAAUGUUGUUGAAGAUUCAACCAUGUGCCAAGAAAGAAAUACACAUUUUCUUCAGAUAUGUACCAAGAAUGUACUCCAAAUACAUUGGCCGAUUUGUUGGUCAGAUGACCUGUGAUAUAAUUACAGUAAUAGAGCAGAAGACCCCACGGCCACCUGUUUGUAGUAGACUGUUUACGUAGUUUGAAGUAAGGAAGUAGGAUAUGACAUGUUUUCUUUUUGUGAAUGUUACAGUAUUUGCAACUGUCUGGGACGUUGGUGUUAAAAACUGCUGAUUUCCCCUUUCUCCUCUUUGGUAUUGUUGUUGUUUCCUGCAGGGAAACUAGCUCAAGUCUGACGUGGUUUUGCCGUCAUCUGAAAUGGUCAUUUUGUGUGUGUGGUUUGACCUACUGUACAUGGAAAAGGUUUUUUUUGUGCAGAGAUUGCUAUGUCAUUGGCUACUGAAAUUGUGACAGUUAUAGUUUGGUGGUCAGUUGGCUCAAGUUGAAAGUAUAGAGAAACAUUUCAUUUGUUUGUUUUCAAUGCCCGCAGUCACUGCUCUGUUCCUCCCCAGGUCUGACCUCGGCUGCGCUCUCGCUCUGUGAGGUUUACAAGGAAUAAAAAAUUAAUAAAUAAAAAAAAAAAA